GUUCUUUUACGAUGACCACCCCUUCCAGAUACGAGGAAGAUAGCGACAGCGAUGGCGAACCAUUGUACCUCUGGUCGCGUUCCCAGACUCCAGAAGAAAAUUUCAACGAUGCUGAAGGUGCAGAUGAAAAUGGCAAUUGGCCUCUGAGCAUUGUCAGUGAAGAAGUGGGGUACGACAAUCAAAUCAGGUGCAUCCGCUGGGAUACGUGGAGUCGCGAAGAUGGGACAAAUAACACAUAUACAGAGCAAGAUAUACCGCCCACUUAUCUUAAAUCGCAUACGACACGGCAGCGAAGAAAGCGAGAAAAAAUGGCUCGGGAGUCUCGAGAUAUUGAGAUAUGGACGCGUCUGAGGGCGCAGGCAUACGAGGAGAAACUUGCUUAUACAAAUGACGAACCUAUCCCUAUUUCAGAUAAAUUGGCGGCACUGCUAUUCGAUAAAAAUGUGCCGCCACAAAAACAGCCUACACCUGAAAGCUCCAGCGAGGAUUCCGACGGCUCUGGACCUUCAGAUGGCAAUGACUUUGAACCAGAUCUUCCAGCAACACCUCCGCCUUCAUCCAGGCUGAGGAACAGGAUGUCCAACACCCCAGCAAGCUCGCGCUCCGGAUACAAACUUCCAGGCUCAGCACAAAGAGCACGCUCGCCAACCGGGAAGGGGAAAGAAAAGCAAGCAUCAACGAGUAGCUACAGGUUGCCUUCGACGUCUUCAACGUCCACUAGCACUGGUGAAGAGGGAGCCACUCGGUCACUCCCGCACAGGUCCGCUAGGCGAGACGGUUCUCUCAAUCUGCGAAAACUCUCUUCUGCAUCGAUACGUUCCCCCAAAACCAACAUUACCAAGACUCCCCGUUUUCCCAAUGUCGGCUGCAGCACUGGAUCGUCUCGAGUCACCCCAAUCGCCCAACCUUUGUUUACGCAUGAUUCGGUGUCACAACCCCUGCAUACACGAUCGCUUUCGCGGCGCGACGUAUUGCAGCGGAUUUGGACCCUCGAAGCAGCGAAAGCAGAAGCAGCUCCCGUUACGUUCGUGAACGAAGUCGAUGAUGAAGAAACCCCCGAUCUGGACAAGGAUUUCACGUAUCUGGAACGGGAAUACGUUCGCGGUGCGGGCGCUCCAGACCCCGUGGACGAUGCACUCCUCACCAUCUGCAUAUGCAGAACGUGCACAUACCCAUCUUCGUGCGGUUGCCAAGCGGAUUCUGAAGUCAAGAGAGUGAGGCAAAACGGGGAAGAGGUUCAAGUAUUCGCCUAUUCUCAGAAGGGCUUAUUCAAUUUUAAUGUGGCCAGUCAUGUCGCUGUCAUCGAGUGCAAUAGGCUCUGCCGCUGUGAUCUAAGCUGUAUAAACCGUGUGGCCCAACUUACUCGUCAGGUUCCCAUUGAGGUUUUCAAGACAAAAAAGUGUGGCUGGGGUGUUCGCUCGUCAGUUGAUGUUGAGCGCGGGAAGGUUCUUGGGCUGUAUACGGGACCUCGGACUGUAGCCAACAAGGCAUCGGACCAGUCAUAUAUCUUUGCGUUAGAUUUCACAGAAGACGGAAGCGAACCUGAAGAAGAGGGUGCUUAUAGCGUUGAUUCGACACUGUAUGGAAAUUGGACGCGUUUCUUGAAUCAUUCAUGUGAUCCGACGCUGCAGAUAUAUCAAGUCGUUUAUGACACGAUCUUCGAGGUAUUUACUGUAAUUUCCCUCGUGGCAUUCGACGCUGGCACCGAGUUUACAUUUGACUACUGUCCCUCGGCAGCUGGCAAGAAGCGCAAGGGAGGGAAUCGGUGUCUGUGCGGAGCAUCCAAUUGUCGUGGAUGGCUAGCUUAAGAAUCUUUUGGACUUUCUUUCAUUGUACCUGUUGGGCGUUGCU